AUGACGAUAUCCGGUGACGUCUGCGCCUUCUUUUUCGAGCCUGUGUACGACUCCAACGCGCCACCCCCCGCGCCAUCAGCGCCUCCAUCUCCGUCUGCACCCAAGAAGCGCGGCCGCAAGAAGGUCGUAACGUUGGGUGGCGCCAAUCGCCAUCGAUGCAAAGUGUGUCAGAAUGUUUACACUCAAGCCGUAAGCACUGGGUAUACAAACCUCCUCACGCACCUGCGCAUCAAACACCCAGAUUGGGAGGAAAUGUUUAAGGUGCAGCAACUGCAAUCAGCUGCCUCUAUGUCGUCGGAGGAAAUGGCAAAGAAAACCUCAACCCAGUCGCCAUCGGCAACUUCAUCGGCAACUUCCAAUGCACCCAAGCAGAAACAAACUGCCGGACGGAAACGUGGUCCUGUGUACGAGCACUUCGAGGAGGCGCCGCCGGCGCCCGGCAAGAAGCAGAAGACGAUGCGCUGCGUGUAUUGCCACGAGGACACGCCGCAGCUCAGUGCUCGCCUGAAACUGCAUGUCCACUAA